AUGGCUUCAUCAGGCACGGAAGAUUUAACCAUGGAACAGUUAUGGGAUGAAGCAGCUGAGCGAUUUCUGGCUCGUACCGGAAAAGGCCUGAACCGAAAGCCUCCAAUGACAAUUGACGACGUACGAAAACAGAUAGAAUCGCGAACAGAUCCUACUACAGGUAUUGACACCGCAAAUGCGCUAAAACACAAAAAGGACAUAGGUCUGAAUAUCCUUGACUGUCUGAAACUCCUUGGCGGUAUAGCUGCACAAGGUGCCAGCGUGGUUUUCCAACCGGCAACUGUGGUGUUUAAUGCCAUGAGUAUCCUUCUUGAAGCCCCUAAAAAGAUACGCGAAUUCCAUGAAGCAAUUGAUGAGGUCUUCGCCGUCGUGGCACCCUCCCUGAGUCAAUUUAGGAUUUACGAACGGAUCGAGCAGUUCAGAAAAAUUGACACCGACUUGACUCGUGCAAUUCAUAUCACCAUGAUCAGUCUAGUUGAUAUUUGCGCCUUGGUCAUAACACUUCAAGACCCCAAUAGCAAAUGGAGCAAGUUCAAGUCCAAUGUCAAGAAGGCACUGCUAGACGAUGAUUCGGGGCUCAGCAUUGAAUUGAGGAAGUUUAGACAGGCCAUCCAUGGCCAACAGUCCAUCGAGGCGACUUUGACACUAGAAGUAGCUCUGGAAAGCAGACAUGAAGUAUCGAUUAUUCUCGCAAAGGUCUUCGAGACUGGAAAGUGGACCGAAGAGAUUGCCAGCAAAAUCACCACGUUACAGCAGGCAGAGACCAAGCGAGCACAGGACACGACGAAAAAGGCAAACUUGUCUAAGAUAAAAGAAAAGCUUGGUAUUGAUGAAAAGGAGCUCGAAACAAACAAAGAAAUGUUUAAGAGACUAUGCGAUUCCAGGGUCGAGAAUAGCGGGAGCUGGCUUGACGACGAGGAAGCGUAUACUUCUUGGGCUGAUGCGGAUGCCGCCAAAGCGCGACCUCUACUACUGCUCCUCGGCGAGAAGAAUACCGGGAGAUCUACAACGGUCUCAACGAUUGUCCAGAAGCUCAAAGCUAGAUACAAGACAUCGACAGAACGGUCCUCCAGGGUUCUCCUAGCCUGGUAUUUCUUCCCUUCACUAUCAGAUAAAGCUGAUAAGGGUGAUCCGACUCCAGCUCGAACAGCUCUGAAACAUAUUGCUUUACAACUAGCUGAGCAAGAUAUGGCGCUUGCCAAGAGUAUAGCUUCCAUCUGUGAAGAGAAAGACAAUGGUACUUACUUCACAGACGUGAGCUGUGAAUCGCUGUGGAAGGACCUGAAGCUGGGACAGCCACGUGGAGAUACGAUGUACUACUUCAUAUUCGACGGGGUCGAAAAACUAUCGAAGAUGCAUGCCGAUGCUGGUACACAGUUCUUUGACGUCCUCAAAGAGGCUAGUCACUCAUCUGCUACAGAAAGUGAAGGGAGCAGGAUUCGGCUUCUGGUUAGUGGCAGUGGUGACGCAAUCAAGGUACUCGGAGGGUUCGAAUCACCAACAAUCAACAUAGCGAAAUCCAACGGUUCAGACAUUGAAUCGUAUAUCAAGAGGGAGAUGCGCAAAUAUGAUAUCUUUCAAGGCAAUGACUCGAAGGACGAAGCAAGCCGGAAGAAAAUCAACGAUAAACUACUAGAGAUGGCGGGCGGAAGUUUCUUCAAAGUCCAGUCAACACUAGAUAGAAUCAAGGACCUGGUAGAUUCAGGCGGACAGGAAUCGGAACUAGAUGAUCUGUUGACAGAGUCGGACUGGGGCAGGGAGGCGAUUUCGAAAAAUGUUGUUGCAGAGCUUCAAGAGCAACUAUCCCCACAGAAUAUCGAGGAGAUAAAUGAACUGUUGAUCUGGGUAGUCUAUGGUUUUGAAUGGCUUUGCGUCGACCAACUGGAGGCAGCGCUGUUCCUUCGGUUUGGAUCAACUCCACUUCAGAAGCUGGCGAAGAAACUACAGGGGAAGUAUUCCAGACUUUUUGAAGUCGAUGGGCAAGUGAUCACCGUACGUCGUGAUCUCUUAUCCCUGGUGAUCAAGGAUCCCAAGCAGCUACGAUCCCUCGAUGACGAUACCCCAAGGAUAACAGCUACCAUCACCAUCACAAAGGGCGACAUUACAACUGUGCAGAACUUCUUGUGGGCACUGUUCCAGAAGUCAGUGGUUGAGAAGUUCGAGUUUGAGCCACUAGCUGGACAGAUUACUCAGACCAAGAGCGAAAUCAGGGUGAACGACUCCGAUGCACACUUAGCCAUAGUGAUGCAAGCCAUAAGCUUCCUGAUAAAGAAGCCAGAUGCUAGAACUGAAAGCCUGGGAAGAUAUCUGGUCUGGAAUCUUCCUAUUCAUUUGAAGGAAUUGAACAACCCCGAGCGUGAUCACAAGGUCGAUAAUGCAGCAAAGAAAGACAUUGGCAGCAUGCUUUUCGACAUCCUCGGUCAAGGAACCAUCAUCAGGAGGCAUUGGAAACAUUUCGUUGACGUGCCUCUGUUCGGUAACACGACGCAAAUCUCGACACUUCUGGCAUGGCUGCAGGAUCCUGAUGUUAGUGGCCAUUUCGGGGUAUACCAAAUGGAUUGGCUGGAUAAGGUGAUCUCAAGCCCGAGCCCGCACCGUACUUUACUAUCCUCUAUGGCCCGUGAAGUUGGCCACAGAUGGCUCAGGAGCAGUGAGAAUGAUCCCUGGGAAGCAUAUCGGUCUCUCAGACGGUAUCUUUCAUUGGAAGUUUCCGAGGGAGCAUCAGAUGCGUCUGACGAUUCGCUCGUGAUUUUGAGCACAGAUGAAGAGUCUCUGGCCCUUGAUAAGGCAGAACGAUGGUGCAAGAGUAUACUUCAAGUUACAGACGAGCAAUCCUUAUGGUACGAGAGAGUUGGGGAAACUGCCAGAAAAGUUGAUGAGUUUGACCAUGCGAUUGCGAUGUUCUUGAAGGCAACCAAGAUGCCUGGAGCGUCAUGGACAUGUCACAGAGGUCUAGCACACUCUUACCACCAAGCCGGAAAAUUGAACGACGCCUGUGUAUCACAGAAGAAAGCGUUGGAAAUUCUCUACGAAUUGAAGGAACAUCAUCCUCACGACAUUUGGGUAACGAAUAUGGAUCUUGGAAAAUGGUACUUCGAACUAAAGGAGCCGGACCAAGCAACCGUAUACUACGAAAAGGCUCUAGAGGCCAAGCCAGCUGACGAGGCAUAUUGCCGCAUACUGGAAGCCAACCUUACAUCGCAGUCUAAUGGGCGUACAUUGGACCUUAUUGAAACCAUGAGUCAUGAGACGUCUACAAACGGCGGUACAAGUCUCCUGGGUUCUGCACUUCUACUCAUGGCAACGGAUGAAGAUACUUACGAGAGGUACUUCACCAGUCUUCUCUCGUUAACUUCCUCUCGUCAUGGGAUGUUAGGGAUGGUUCUGAGUGCCAUGGACGAAGCCAUUCAGCUCGCAGCUGACAAAGAGCUCUUAUUCGAAAGAAGCGCCCUUCGACUCUAUAAGGGCCUUGCACUCUAUUACUAUGGCAACGAAGCCGAUGAGAAUCCGCUAACGUCUGCGGUAAGAAUCUGGGAGGAAUGCCACUCUGAUGCGAGGAAAGUGAUUGAAGAAACUGGCACCUACGUACAGUGGAAAUGGAUGUGGUUGGGUGGCCAGGUUAUUAGUGAUAUAGUCUGCCAUUAUUUCAAAGAAGCAACGGCAGCAAACACUGAGGCUUCCGCAUUGGAAAAGCUUGGUGAAAUCACUAUCGGUCAUCGAAUCUCGUACGAAGACAACCGGGUAUCUCCAGCUGAGUCUUACAUGGGAGCCUACGAAACCCUACAAGGAAAUUUCACCGCAGCAAGAGCGCACUUCCGCAAGAACAUGCUUACAGCUCAUGAGAUGCUAUCUGACGACACGGAUGAGAAUGAUGCAGAUGCGUAUUUCGUCUUGUUCCAGUGUCUACUUCAUACUGGAGACGACACAAAUGCUCUCAUAGCCUUCGAGCUUACAGGGCCGAUAGAAAAGACGAUAGAAAUGAGGCUUGGUGAGAUUCGGGGUGAGGAUAAAGCCGCCGCAACGGAGAUUCUUGAGUUUGCCAAAGAGAAGCUCUCACCGAAUGAUGCCGCUCCUACCAGGUACACGGCUGUCCUUGACGAGUUACAGCGGCGAAUGGACCUGGGCAAUGUAGAAAGCGAGAAAACCAUAACUAAUGAGACCUACCAAAGGCUUUACUCGCUCCUGGCCCAGAAACGACCGGCUACGGAAGAUGGAGAUGGGCCAAACCAGCCGUAUGAGAUCACUUACAGCGAUAUUGUGAUCAACUGGCGAUACUUCUGCAACGGGAAUUGCGGAGGGGCCUGGGAUUUCGAGACUGACAUCAACAUCUGUAAAUACUGCUGGGACACUCCCUUUUGUCAAAACUGUUUACCGCUGCUUCAGCAAGGCACAUCGAAGAUGUUGGCUUGUGAUGCAGGCCACAAGUGGCUUCAUGUUCCGCGGUGGAACUUGAGAGAAAGCACAGGGCUAAGGGAUGGCACUGUCAUGAUGGGAGGCGAAAUUGUUGAUGGUCGGCAUGUUGGGGGACAAAGAGUCAAGAUCAAGGAGUGGUUGAGCACCAUUUGGAAGGAAUGGGAUAUCAAGUAG